CUAUUUUCUUUUUAUAUAUAAUGGAAGUAGGUCCUGCAAUCACUGUUUUUCUUAUUAAUUAUUUGCCUUUUUCUUUAUUUAUUUCCUCUCCAAAAGCAAUCACCAAUGGCAAUGUUGCUCAAGACAAGACACACCAAUCACAUUAUAUAAUUUCUGUUUAUAAAUCAUAUUAUUUAGUAUUAUGCUUAUAUAAAUUAUCUGCAUUUCUUUUCUUUUUUUUAUAAAGUUCAAAUUUUCAGGCAAGGACUCAAAAAGACUACUGUAUUGAGGGGUUGAGGGGGGAGUUAAGAGAUUAUAUUAACGUAGGGACAGGUUCAAGUGCGUGCAAUCACGCUGGCUCAGCUGUCAUUCGAUAUUACGAAGCUAAAGCCCCCUUCUCCUCUCUGUCUCUCUCUCAAUAUCUCAAUAGACAGCAAAUUAACGUUUGCAGCUGUCGGGUCUCUGUGUCUUUAAACUACUGUUUUCUUCUCCCUUUUUAUUUUCCUUUUCUGGCUUUCUCUUUUAUUAACCAACUCAUCAAAUAAUAACAACAGGCAACAACUUCUGUAACAUCAUAAACAAGGCUUCAUCUCAUUCUCUGACCCUCUUCAAUGAUUCUUUUGUGGUGAACAAAAAGGGUGGAGGGUGGGGGACUAGGGAAAUGGAUAUAGGGACAAGCACAGUGAGCAACAAGCAAGGGAAAUGAGGUGGAACUGCACAAGAUUCAGCUUUCUGAUCCAUUCUUGUCAACUGUGAAUGUGAUCCAUCCAAAAAAAGGAGGAGAGGGUUUUCAUGCAAAAGGAAAGUUACCCAUUUGUUGUUUUGUUUGUUUAGAUGCCAUGGCUUAUCCACAUUACCGAUCACCUUUUGGUGACACAACGUUUACCAAAGUGUUUGUUGGGGGACUAGCUUGGGAGACCCCCACAGAGGAAAUGCGUAGGUAUUUUCAGCAGUUUGGAGAGAUUCUUGAAGCUGUUAUCAUCACUGAAAAAAACACUGGCAAAUCUAAAGGAUAUGGCUUUGUUACGUUCCGUGAUCCUGAAUCAGCUCGGAGGGCUUGUGUUGAUCCAAAUCCUGUGAUUGGUGGAAGAAGAGCAAAUUGUAACAUUGCUUCACUCGGAAGGCCUAGACCUUCACCGCCACGAGGAAGAAAUCAAGGUAGCAGUCCUUUUCAGGGAGUUGCACAGCAAGGUACACCGUCGUAUAGUGGAGUUGCAGCAGCAGUGCCUCCACCACCUCCGCCGCCACUACCACCUGUCAUUUAUCCACCAUAUGGGUUCCCAACUUACAGUCCUGAAUACGGGUAUCACCAAGCUCUCUAUAAUCCACAAAUCCAGCAGGCACAAUACUAUCAUCAACUGUAUGGUUCAUCAUCAACUUCAAUGGGGUCUCCAUAUUAUUUUGGCUACUCUUUGCAAGCUCCCAGGGGAACAUUUUCUGCACCCCAGGCUCAACGCAUCCCCGGACCGUCCUAUCUUUACUAUCCUUCACAAAUGGAGGGGUCCUUCUCCACCUAUCCUCCCCCCCCUUUUCAUCCCACUAGGCAUCCAUUUCCAUCUCCUGCAGAUUCACAGACUCCUCAACCUACCUCCACAGAAUCAGAACCUGGGGCCAUCACUUCUGAAAGUCCAAAAACCUAAAGGGAAGAACUCAUCCCUGAUGCCAAAAUGUUCAAAUUGUACAAUCUUGAUAAAUUUUUUAUGCCCUUCUUAUCACCUCAUUUCACUCUUAUAUUCUCAACAUUUUAGCCAUAGCUGACUACUGCAUCAAGUUACUGCUAUGGCCUAAGGCAGGAAAAGGAGGACUAAUCAUCCACCCUUAUGCUGAAUUUUCCCCCCUUAUUCCAUUUUUCUCCCCAAAAGUUUUUAUCUCAAGUUAUUCAUUCAUUAGGAGUUUUUAACAUCCUUUACAGAACUACACUGUAAGAACUAUGAACCAAAAGGGAAGCACAUUCCCUUAAAAAAAAAAUUGCUUAACAAUUUACCUCUCAGCGUCUUCUGAUUUUCUUUUAUGUAUGGGGUCAAUCUGAAUUAAUAAAUAUGUGGAAUUAAUGAUGUAA